AUGUCAUCACUGCAGCGGACCACAAGGAGGUUGCAACUCCUCGCUCGGCAGGGUGCAUGGUGGCAAGUGCUGGCAGAGCUGCAAGAAUGGCAGUCUCGCGGGUGCACGCCAGAUGUCGUCGCUCUCUCCGUUGGGGUCACGGCCUGCGCCAGGGCUGCGAAGUGGCAAGAUGCGAUAGGUCUGGUGUCUGCCAUGUCGAAAAUGGAUGCGAGGCCAAACACCGUGCACUACAACAGCAUGAUCGCAGCGUGCAGCAAAGGUCAAGCGUGGGAGAUGGCUCUGGGCUGUCUGCAGCACAUGACGCAUCUUGGCCUUGCCGACGUCAUCAGCCUCAACUCUGUCCUCCAUGGCUUGGCUGGAGGCCUGCAGUGGCUUCGCGCUCUGCACCUUCUUCAGGAUGCCGCGGCAGAGCUUUCGCCAAGCCAACUGGAUGCUGUGACCUUCAAUGCAGCAAUGAAUGCCUGUCGCCUGCAAUGGGUCCAGGCGCUUGCGCUGCUACAAGUCAUGCUGCAAGCCAGAUUGCUGCCCGAUGUGGUCACUUGCAGCAGCCUGGUCAGUUCCUGCACAUCCUGCAGCCAAUGGGCCAGGGCCCUGGCGGUCUACUACGAGAUUCUGCAACUGCUGCCAGAAGGCGCGGUGGACACCACGGCAGCCGACGGUCUCCUCGUGGCUUUUGAUCAGGGAGGCCUGUGGAGGGAGGCUUUGGCUUCGAUCGCCGAGCGGCAGCGAUGUGGGCCACGGCCUGGACUGCAUGCAUUUGGAGCCGCGAUUGGGGCAUGCUCAAAAGGUUUGGAGUGGCAACAGGGAGUGAAGUUGUUGCGGAAGAUAAUUCAGCUGAAGCUACGCCCUGAUGUGUGGAUUUGGAGCGCGACGACGAGUGCCUGUGAGAAGGGACAUGCUUGGCACCUGGCUCUUCAUUGUCUUCGGGAUCUGAGACGCAGAGGCUUGAAGCCCGAUGCCGUCGUAUACAAUGCCAGCAUUAGUGCUUGCGAGAAGGGCAUGCAGUGGCGUCGGGCAAUUGCACUCUUCUCCGAGAUGUCGCUCCGCUCCGUGCGGCCGGACGUGGUGACCUAUAAUUCGACAGUCAGCGCUUGCGAGAAGAACUUUCGCUGGGUUGAGGCGCUUCAGCUGGUCGAUCAGCUGGAAAGAAGAAGAGAAGGUCCUUCUGCGUCACCAGUCACCUACAAUGCGCUGCUGGCGGCUCUUGCAGGUUCAGCUGUUUGGGCGCUCUCGCUUCAUGUGGUUCAUCGGCGCCUUCCCGAGCAAGGGCUUUCAGUUGCCCCUGCGGGCCAAUGCGCCAUGCUUCUUGCCUUGGCACGUGCACGCCGGUGGUCACAGGCGGCGAGCCUUUUGGCGGAAUCCUUGGCUCCAGGCAUGCCGCUGUCAACCAAGGUCGUCGCCCUGGACGGUGUGCGUGCAGCGGUAUCAGCAGCAGGCAGCCAAGAAAGCCAAUUACAGAAGGCUUUGUCGAAAGUGGCAGCACGCUGCUUGGCGAGCAGCGGUCUGGAAAGUGUCAGCGAGGGCGGCGACCGGUGUGCUUGGAGCACACUGGUGAUAGCAGCGGAAGUUCCGGUGCAUUUGCGCCACCGUCGCAUGGAGCCCUUCCAGCACAGGCUGGAUUUGCAGAGACACUCGGAUGCCCGUGACCGGCUCUUGUGCUGCGUGGACGGUUUUGGGGCAGAUAUGAGUCGAAUCUCCUUGGUUCGACUUGGAGUGGCACCACCAACCAGCAUCUUCAGGCGUGGCACUUGA